AGCAUCUCAAAUCAAACCCAGCAGUGUUGUGGUGUCUGGAUAAAAUUAAGGCCAUACACGACAAGCGUCUAUUUGAUCAUCGAGGUUCAAGCGAAGUGAACGAAACAGACGAAGCAGGACCAAACAUUGUAAGAUGAAAUCGAUGAAGAACAACAAUCACCACAAACAUCGCCGACCAUUACAACUACCACUGCUACUACUACUGCUGCUAUUGCUACCACUGAGCGAAUCUGCACAAAGGGCGCGGCGAGGCUGGUGGGCCAGAGGGGGUCUGCCUGUGGUGGUGGAAGGAGAGGAGCCGCCCGAAGGAGAAGUGGAGGACAUGAUCGCGUCCACUUUGCGCCGUCAGUUGCCAGGUUGUCAUAAAGUAAUAGUCUCAGACAGGCACCCAGUGAGGAACGUAAUGAAAGCUCUAGGGGAAGAGGUGUUUGUGUGGGAGAUGCAGCCCCUUCUCGCCUCCUUGCCUCCCCCUCGCCCCCUGUUAAGAACCACACAUCGCCAGGGUGGUGCCGCCCCUCUUUGUGUCGCCUUCGUCAUUCUCGCCCCGCUGCAGGUGGUGGCGGCGGCCAUGGAGGGGCUACAGAGGGGAGAGUGGUUCCAAGGCGCACGGAAGCUGGUGUUCGCCUACACUGGUUUUGCCAACACGUCCCUGGAAGCAGCGGUGGAACGACAUGCCACUCUGCGCUCAGCCUACGGCACGGUGCUGGCUGCCUGGACCCAUAGUAGGGAGGCCAAGGCCAGCGCCCCGUCCCGCCUGUACCAGGUGGUGACCACCUGCCCCUACUGCAAGGAAGGGGGUCCUAACGCCGCCCUGGUGGACCAAUGGACGCCAGGAACCACUCACGUCACGGAAAAGCCACUUUAUCCAGACACAUUUAAGAACUUCCACGGCCACCAGUUCAAGAUAGUCACCCUGGAAUACGCGCCCUUCAGCUGCUACACUAAGAUGGAAGACAAAGAAGACGGCGAUGAGAUGCACGGUCACGGUCAGGAGGGAAGAAAACGAAGAUCCAGGCUCGAGCUCAAAGACUGUGUGGACACCCGAAUGCUGCGUGCCAUGGCGACCUCCCUCAAUUUUACUUACGUGGUGCGGGAGCCUCUGGACGGGCAGUGGGGGUACCGGCUGCAGAACGGCUCCUACACGGGUGUGAUUGGCGCCGUGCAAAGACUAGAGGCGGACUUUUCCCUGAACGUGGCCUUCACCGGGGACAGGGAGCGUGUGAUUGACUACACCCUGGGUUACUACAACGACCCACUCACUUUCUGCACCUCACCACCUCGUCCCCUACCACGCGUACUGGCCCUCGUGCGCCCCUUCCACCCCGAGGUGUGGGCAGGGUUUGUGGUCGCUCUGGUGGCGGUGGGAAGCCUCUACUAUGCUGCCAGGAAACUUGAAAAUUCCUCCUCCUCCGUGCCCUCUUUUCUCGCCACCUUUCUGAAAAUAUAUGGAAGCUGUCUGACGCAGAGUCAGAAAUGGGAGACGGGGGGCGUCGGGCGGGCGGUCGUGGGAGGUUGGAUUCUAUUCUCUCUCGUCAUGUUUCGCUCCUACGUGGCCAUGCUGACUGCAUCCCUCGCCCUGCCACCUCUCUCCCCCACCCUCAACACCCUGCAGGAACUGGUGGAUAGCGACUUCUCGUGGGGCAUACAGGACCAGGGUGCGGCAGACUACCAGCUCCUCAAAACCUCCACCGUGCCGCUGUACCGCCAAGUAUACAAUGGCCUCCAGGUGUGCCCCGACUUAGACGCCUGCCUCGUCAGGGCCCGCGACUCCCGCUACGCCUUCAUCACCUGGCGCCUCUACAUGCAGGACAGGAUUGCCAUCAGGUUCACCUCAGCCACGGGAGAACCUCAGCUCCACGUGGCCACCAGUGAUUUCUUUCCCUCAGAGAUCGGCUGGGCAAUGACGCCAGGUUGCCCUUUCAGGGAUAAAUUCAAUCACCAGAUCCGGCGGCUGCUGGAGGCUGGCCUGCUGACCCGGUGGCUGAACCAACUCAUCCAUGACCCGGGGCGGCGCGAGGCCCAGGAGUCAGAGGAGCCUCAGCAGGCGGAGAGGUCCCAGCAGCCCCUCACUCUGGACCAUGUGCAGGGCGCCUACUACGUGCUCUUCAUCGGCUAUGCUCUGUCUGGCCCUCUCUUCUUGCUAGAGCUAGUCUGCUUCUCUCGGUACCAUCUCUCUUAACCAAGCACAGCCUUCUGUCUUGCAACCUCCUAAUGUUACUACUUCUAUCACUACUUCUAUUGGUGACAUCUACAACUAAACUAUGUGUGUGUAAUGCUAAUGUAUCAUAAAAAUUAAUAUCAUG